AAAACGGCGUUAGUAUAAAAACACAACAAACACACACGAAUCCUUUUGUAAGAUCCAUACACACAACAAACAACACUUCUCUUUCUUUCUUCUCUUCUUCUUCUUCCUCUUCCUUUGUCCCUUUUCUCAACCACCAACAACCUUAACCUUUUCUCAACAAUACCACCACCAAAUCUCAUCAUGGUUGUCAAAAUGAUGAAAUGGCGUCCAUGGCCACCACCAAUUUCAAGAAAAUACCAAGUUAAACUACUUAUCAAAACUCUUCGUGGUUGUUGUAUCGAUCUAUCACCGGAGAAUACAUUCGCUGUUGAAAUUAGAUGGAAAGGUCCUAAACUUGCUCUUAGUUCUCUCCGUCGUAACGCUGUUGUCAGAAAUUUCACCGGUGAAAGUCAUGUUCGACGUGUUGACCAAGAUGAAAACGAUGUCGUUUUGUGGGAUGAAGAGUUUAUUAGCUUUGUUAAUCUUUCUGCUAAUAAAGAUAAUUCUUUUCAUCCUUGGGAGAUUGCUUUCACCGUUUUUAAUGGUUUGAAUCAGAGGCCAAAGACUAAGAUUCCUGUGGUUGGAACAGCUUCUUUGAAUCUAGCUGAGUUUGCAUCUGUAAUUGAUCAGAAGGAUUUUGAUUUGAGCAUUCCACUAACACUUCCUGGUGGUUCUUCUGUUGAGCCAUCUCUUUCACUCACUAUAUCAAUGAGCUUAGUGGAGUUAAGAGGGGCACAAGAGAAUAGUGAGCAUGUUCAUAAGUCAAUAGUGCCUGUUGCAUCGCCCGUUGCUCAGUCAGGAGAAACUAGUUUGUCGGAGAAAGAUGAGAUUUCCACCAUCAAAGCCGGUCUUAGGAAAGUGAAGAUUUUGACUGAGUUUGUAUCAACAAGGAAAGCAAGAAAACCGAGCCGCGAAGAAGAAGGGAGCGAGGGAAAUUACUCUACCAGGAGUGAGGAUGGUGAGUAUAAUUACCCUUUUGACUCUGACUCUCUUGAUGAUUUUGAGGAAGGGGAUUCACAUUCAGAAGAGGUUAAGGAGGAUAGUGUGAGGAAAUCGUUCAGUUACGGGAAACUGGCCUUUGCAAAUGCUGGGGGAUCAUUCUAUUCAAGCAUGAGGGUAAAGAGUGACGAUGAGGAUUGGGUUUACUACAGCAAUCACAAGUCGGAUAUCGUGAGUUUGCCAAAAGAGGAUUCUACAGUUUCCUCCUCCGAGCCUUAUGUAGCACAAAGUUCAAGGCGGAGCUUAUUGCCUUGGAGGAAGAGGAAGUUGAGUUUCCGAUCUCCUAAAUCUAAGGGAGAACCAUUGCUAAAGAAGGCAUAUGGAGAAGAAGGUGGUGAUGAUAUUGAUUUUGAUCGACGACAGCUUAGCUCUGAUGAAUCUAUUUCAUUUGGGUCACAGAAAGCUGAGGACGAUUCAGGUGCAAACCGAACAUCCGUAUCUGAAUUUGGGGACGACAAUUUUGCGGUUGGCAGUUGGGAGCAGAAAGAAGUAAUGAGCCGUGACGGCCACAUGAAACUUCAGACACAAGUCUUUUUCGCCUCAAUUGAUCAGCGCAGCGAACGUGCAGCAGGUGAGAGUGCUUGUACAGCUCUUGUUGCCGUAAUUGCUGAUUGGUUCCAAAACAAUCGAGACCUCAUGCCCAUAAAGUCCCAGUUUGAUAGCUUAAUUCGAGAUGGCUCAUUAGAAUGGAGAAACUUAUGUGAAAACCAGACAUAUAGGGAGCGAUUCCCUGACAAGCAUUUUGAUCUUGAAACAGUUGUUCAGGCCAAAAUUCGUCCCCUUUCCGUGGUUCCUGAAAAGUCCUUUAUCGGUUUCUUUCAUCCAGAAGGAAUGGAUGAGGGAAGGUUUGAUUUUCUGCACGGGGCCAUGUCUUUUGAUAACAUUUGGGAUGAGAUUAGUAAUGCCGGACACCAGUGUAUCAAUAACAAUGAACCCCGAAUUUUUAUCAUCAGUUGGAAUGACCAUUUUUUCAUCCUCAAAGUCGAAGCCGAUGCUUACUGCAUCAUUGACACUCUAGGAGAGAGGCUUUAUGAAGGUUGCAAUCAAGCAUAUAUCUUGAAAUUCGAUGGCAACACAGUAAUAUACAAAAUGCCAGAUGUUACUCAAACAUCCGAAGAAAACGCAACCACUGACCAACUAACUGUUGCAGAUGUAUUAGAGCACAACGACCGACAGGUUCAGCAAAUUAACGGUAAGGAAUCGGAGUCUGUUGCUGAGACGGAAGAACAGUCGAAAAGCGAGCAAGAGGAAGAGGAAGUUGUUUGCAGAGGAAAGGAAGCAUGCAAAGAAUACAUCAAAAGUUUCUUAGCAGCAAUUCCUAUUAGAGAACUACAAGCAGAUGUUAAGAAAGGUUUAAUAUCAUCGACUCCACUUCAUCAAAGACUACAAAUCGAGUUUCACUAUACUCAAUUCUCGUUGCAAUCUCACGAUGCUGCUGUUGUUCCUGUGAAUGAAGAAGCUUCUCUUGCAGUAACUGAGGUUAACACAUAAUCGUACUGCGAAAUUAAGGAAAGUGCGGUUUUUACUCUAACUAGUCUUACUAUGUAAGUGUUUUUGUUUUUCUGAUUUGAAGUGAAAUUAACAAAAGGAAACUCAUUUGAACUUUUGAUGGUAAAUGAGGAAGUGAACCGAGGUUGUGUGAACUGUCUAGGGAACUGUGUCCUGUAAAUGUAUCUGUAAUUUCCUUUUCAUCUGAGCUUAAACUUUUGGUUCCUAACAAAAAGAUGUAUGAAUUGGCUUUUUAACUUUUGCA